AAUUUUUGGAACUCAUACAUGAUACUGAGGAGAACAUUCAAAAGACCCAAAUUCAAGUGUGUCAAAGGAUAGUGGCCGCGCUUGGAAACUGGGUUGCCUGCCUAAGCGCAAGUUAGGUACAUGUCUAGCCUGUUCGCCGAGCGACAGUGAUGUCCGUUCAGGCACCUCGUCAACACCCGAACUCAAUGUAGAAGUUAGGUACAUGUUGCCUGUUCGACAGGGUACAUGUUCUCAAACUUUCACUUGCCCAUCCGCCAUCCACUCGCAACGUCUUUGAAUGACAUUUUUCUUCCUCUUUCGAGCAACGUCGAUGUGCAUUUGGACACCUUUUCAUAGUUUGGGUUCGGCUUACGGUCUGGUUAAUUAUAUCUUUUAUUUAUUAAUAUCUUACUUUGAAAAGAUAACAUCAAGUAUCAUUUGUUUAGUGGUUAAGACUUUCGAAUAUAUGCUUGUGAUCACGGGGUUGCAUCUUAUACAACCAAAUAUAUUUUUUAUUGUACAUGGAUUAUAUGGAGUUAAACACUACAAGGGAAAGCGCCACGUGACGUCGUUCAGACUUAAAUUACAGGAUCUGUUGCCCUUGUGCUUUCAUAAAAGGUGGCUCAGCUUUAAUGUGAAAGAUCCUUUUUAAACACAAAAUCAUGUGAAAAUCAUUUUCUAUCAGGAUUAUACUAAAGAUUUCUUCACAUAUUUCAAAGUCAUCAUGGCCAACAAUGCCAUCAUUGAAGCUCCAAGGUCAACGAAACUUAAUCAUAGUCACAGAUCUUGUCCAUUUUUUACUCAAAUUCUCCAGAUUUAUCGGAUAGCAUGGCAUGAGACACUUCUUAAAGAAUUCAUUCAACAACUGAAUAUCGAGACAGAUCUCAUCUGCCUCUUAGUGAAUAUUCUUAAUAUUUAUGAAUAUUCCACUUGAUCAUUCAACAAAUUAGCACGUUAAUUUGCUUACUUGUGGUUUAAAUAAUACACUGGAAAAUACUGUGUGUAUAUAUUUCAGCCGUGGUACGUCAAAGUUGUGCAACAAAAAAUGGGUUGGAUGAUAAAAAGUCCUAGCUCUUGCUUAGGUGCUCUCUUGGUUCUGGGAUUAGUUCUAAAUGUAGCAGUGAUUAGCAAUGCAGGAAAAUCAAGCAGUUUUGUUCGGAAAGUCGAAAAAUCUGUUGAUAUGCCUUUAGAUAGCGAUGUUUUUAGACCUCCUCCGGGCCAUAAUGCACCUCAACAGGUUCACAUAACACAAGGAGAUCAUGAAGGAAAGGGAGUGAUUGUGUCAUGGGUUACACCAAUCUCACCAGGUUCGAGUUCAGUGGUGUAUUGGAGUGGAAGCAGCAAACAUAAGUACAAGGCCAAAGGCAUAGUAACCAAAUACAAGUACUACAAUUAUACUUCUGGUUACAUUCAUCACUGCACUAUCAGAAACUUGGAGUACAAUACCAAAUACUACUACAAGGUUGGAACAGGAAAAUAUGCAAGGACAUUCUGGUUUGUGACACCACCAGAAGUUGGUCCUGAUGUACCCUAUACUUUUGGUGUCAUAGGAGAUCUUGGCCAAACAUUCGACUCAAACAAGACGCUUACACAUUAUGAGAUGAACCCAACUAAAGGGAAGACCCUUUUAUUUGUUGGGGACAUAUCUUAUGCUGAUACAUAUCCCUUUCAUGACAAUGUGAGAUGGGAUACUUGGGGAAGAUUCGCUGAGAGAAGCACGGCUUAUCAACCAUGGAUUUGGACUGCCGGAAAUCAUGAACUCGAUUAUGCUCCUGAAAUUAAUGAAACUGAGCCCUUUAAGCCUUUUACUCACCGGUAUCAUGUACCAUAUAAGGCCUCCGAAAGCACAGCUCCUCUUUGGUACUCAAUCAAGAGAGCUUCAGCAUACAUUAUAGUAUUGUCUUCAUAUUCAGCAUAUGGUAAAUACACCCCACAGUAUGAUUGGCUUGAGAAGGAGCUACCAAAGGUGAACAGGAGCGAGACACCUUGGUUAAUCGUCCUCGUGCACUCUCCAUGGUACAAUAGCUACAAUUACCAUUACAUGGAAGGCGAAACCAUGAGAGUCAUGUAUGAGUCAUGGUUUGUGCAAUACAAAGUAGAUGUGGUCUUUGCUGGUCAUGUACACGCAUAUGAAAGAUCUGAACGAGUAUCUAAUAUUGCAUAUAACAUCACAAAUGGCCUAUGCAAGCCUGUGAAGGAUCUUUCUGCUCCAGUAUACAUUACCAUUGGUGAUGGAGGAAAUAUAGAAGGAUUAGCAACCAACAUGACAGAACCUCAACCAAGUUAUUCAGCUUACCGGGAGGCUAGUUUCGGCCACGCAAUGUUCGAUAUUAAAAAUCGAACUCAUGCUCACUACAGUUGGCACCGCAACCAAGAUGGAUACGCUGUUGAAGCCGAUUCCAAUUGGUUCCUCAACAGAUUUUGGCAGCCUGAUGAUGACUCUUCUGAGUGCUGACCAUGUCUCAUCGAAUUCACAGCGGCAGUGGACGUGUAUUCUUCUUUUAAAAUCAAAUCUUUCAAGUGGGUGUGCCAUUUUGUUCAAUAGAAUAAUACUUGAUGACGCAUCCCAUAUUGUUUUUCCAUUUUUGUGAUUUUUAGCACUGAACUAAUCUGGAACACUCUAUGUAAGCAGGAUUCAGAGAAUAGUUUGGUAAAUUUUUUUUUCAACCAAUUCAUUACUAGUUUGAGAGGCAAACUGCCCAUAUAAUAAACAAUCAAGCUUA